CCCGGCAGACGUACCGCGCGUGCCCUGCUGUUCGAACGUGUGUGUGUGUGUGUGUGCGUGUCUCCGCCGCGACAGCUCCGUUUACCUGUGUGUAUAUGUGUGCACAUAAAUAAGCUCCACCGUCACACACCUGCUGGCCACAGGUUGUACCGCUCUGAAGAUCCGCGAACACCGACUCCGGAAAAGCCCAACGUUCGGUAAAAAGAAAUCAUGUCGGUGCCGUCACCGUGGCCCGCGGCGUCAGCAUCGCAAUAGACGACAGGCGCGUGAGCGUGACGAGACCUACCCAGAGAAUAUUAUCGUUUAUUAUUUGACAACACACUGACGGCGGUGCACACGCGAAUGACGAUGACGACGGAGACGACAACGACGACGACGAUGGUAUCGUCAGAAAAUGACUGAAUCGGCGGCCGCUCUGUCACACGAGCAGACAGUUUCCCGCCGUCCGACGACGACGACGACGACGACGACGACUACUCGCAGCCGCAGCCGCACGCACCUCACCGCGACCUGCCGGCGGUGAAUGCCCGUCAACUGUAUUAUGCUGUCGUACAUGGCGCCAUCCGUGAACGACAAACCGCCGACGGUGCCCAGCCGGCUGGCGCUGGAACACAAGUCGGCCGCGGCCACGGCGUACCACCGGUUCAGCCGGCCAACGCCCGGCGUCGCGUUCAGCGUGCAGCAGCUGGACGGCCACCGCGAGGGGUUCGGAGCCCUGCCCGCGCCGCCCGUCCGGCGAACAAUGGUGAAAGAGGAUAGCUCGGGCAGCAUCACGUCCAGCGUCAUCGUGGACGCCGUGCUGCCGGCCACGCACGAUAGUAAACGGCCGGCCACCAAACCGGCUGCGUCCAAAAGGGUUUCGUUCGGUAGUUCAAAAGGAUCUAUGGUUGAAACAUUGAUAUACGAUAGUCCCCCUGUUCAAGAAGAUCCAUUGGAUUCAAGCGAUAUUGACGACUCUGACGGUACUGUUGCGUCCACUAAAGUCCGUGUGAGCUUUUUCGAGUCCGAGAAACCGUGCGUGUUACCUUCACCACCCAAAUCGUUGGAAAUAUUUGGCGACAGCACGAUGACCACUUCAAGUCCUAUACUACAGAGGUCGAACGGCCACGUCCAAACGCAAAUUAGUUCGGACGGCUGGGAUAAUCCUUUCAGACCGGACGGUGACUUGUCCAAAGAGGCUGACCAGAUAGUCGAACUGAUUAAAGAAGGCAAACCGAUCACGCCGACGCCCACAAGUGCUACGUCCCCGCUAUUGCCCGACCACAGCACGGACGUCAAACACGACCAACAACCGGUGACGUCCACGCCAACAAAGGCGAACGGAACGUGCAAUGAAAAGAACGCGGUACCGCCCAACGUGGAAGUCCAAAGAGGAACUGUGAUAAAUGGAAACGAGCCUUCCCAAGUGGAACACGUAGUGUUGAAGAAAAAACCAAAAUGCAGGUGUUGCGUGAUACAAUAACACGCAACCGGAUGUACACACGUUUUUAUUUCUAUGUAAAACAUAAUAAUCCAAAAAUGCAUAAACCAAAAAAACAAGAACGCGCUGUUGUACCUUCAGCUAUAUGUCGUUCGUGAGAUGAUCACGUCCUCGCGAUUCAAAAUUAUUUUUCAGAGCUAUAUUAUUAUUAUUAUAUAUAUAUAUAUGUUUGUACCUAUGUUUGUAUUUAUAAGUAUAUAUAAAACUUUACAAUUUGUAUUAUAAAAAUAAUGACUUUUCU